AUGGUUACUACAAAUGGUGCGAAUCCAUUUGGCCAGGGAAUUCCUUUUCGUCAAGGGAAACCAAUACAGUUGGUGUCGUUAGUAAAUGGAAAAUUUGUGGUGAAUCUUGAUGCGGUUAAUAGUUUGUUUGAAAAAUUUCAAAAUGGGAAUGUUGGGGUUGUUUCUAUCGUUGGCAAUAGACAGACGGGAAAAUCGCAUCUUGCUAAUCUUUUACAUGGUCGUCACGACGGUUUUGAAUUAAGCAAUUACUUAGACAAAACUACCACACGAGGAAUCCAAAUGUGGGACACACCAUUUAGCACUAUCAAUAAUAACGAUGACACCGAAAGCGCAUCAAACACAGUUGUAGUUCUCGAUCAUGAAGGAUUUGAUGAUUUUCAACAGGACGAGAUAAUACAGCAGAAACUUUUUUUGUUUGCAUUAUUAGUGUCGGAUACGCUUGUUUACACGAUUGAUAAAUCGCCUAAUACGCAGAAUAUUAAGCGUCUUUUUGCGGUUAAUAAUUUGAUUGAGUUAUUAAAAACGAAGAAGUUUGUGGUAGAUGAUGAGAAGGAAGAGGUUGAAAAUGAUAAUGAAUUGCUCGAGAAUUUUGUCAUGUCGAAUUUAUUUGUCAUAAUAAAGGAUGUUAUGUCGAGUUCUUUUGAUUUGACGGAAUUUUUCAUGGAGAAAAUGGAUUUUGUGGAUAUUGAUGGUUCAGAUGCUUUCGAAGCUAAUUUUUCUAAUAUUAAAGUUCGCGGAAUUCCACCACCUGGACUUGGACUCGAAGAUCUCAGCAAAAUGGAUAAAAUACCAACACACAAACUUGACAAAUCAUACGUCAAUGAGCUCGUCAUCACCAUUACUGAAAUUUUAUCGUCGCUCAAAUCGAAAAAUGAAAAUAACAUGAAUAGUGUUGAUGCGUUCGUAAAAAGACUCAACAAAGUUUUGGAUUUUGUCAAUGACGAGACAAAUAGCAAAUAUUUUAGUGUGGCAACUAUGGAAAUAAAGAGUAAUUUGAGACAUGAUGUUGAAGCUUUGUGGUGCGAGAUUAUUGAACCUGGGUUACAGAAGGAGACGCCGUUUGGAAAUGAAAAUUUAUUACGACAGAAAUUAGAUGAAUUCUCUCGCCAAAUAUCUGCUAAGUAUAGCCAACAAAGACUCGAAAACCUUAUCAAAGAAAAAGAAAAAUUAGCGCUUGAAAUGUGGAAAUCGUUGGUUCCCAAAAAUAUUUUAGCCAUAGUAGAUUUUAAAGUAAAUUCUUCUGAUUUUCGAGGCUUGCCGUGGCCAGAAGACGGUUGGAAAUGGGAUAAAACAGAUUUGAAUGCUGGUCAUGGCGGUAAAUUUAUUCAUAUUGGAUAUAAAUUGGCCACCGUGGAUAUUGAAAAUUUGGAGUUUUAUUCGCCUCCAGAAAUGAAUCGAGGAUUUUUGUGGAACUCCGCCGGUAAAUACUGGACUCACACCGACUGCGUAACCGCACUCUCUUACAUUGCAUACGAUCAACAACGCACCACUAAGCCACCCAGCUGGGACUUUUGGAGCCCACAGGAUCUAUCAGAAGGCGCUGGUGGAAAAUACAUAUACUUGGUGUGGAACGCAUGCGGCGAUAAACCUCCCGUUACUGAUAUUUAUUUUGAAUCUACUGAAAAAGAGACGCCACCAAAAAAAGAAGGAUGGGUGCUUAUUGAACAAGACUUGUGUGCUGGUUCAAAGGGAUCAUAUCUUUGGGGAUUUUAUCGUACUGCUGAUAAUGACGAUACAACACCACCAUCUCCAGAAGAAUGA